AUGCUGCGAGCUUCGUUGCGUCGGCUAGCGAUCACGCAGAAGACAGUCGCAUCCGCAUCGCGUUGCAUACAGUACGACGCAUUCGCCGACAGGCACAUCGGUCCUAGUCGCGUCGAAACGCAGAAGAUGCUCGACUUUCUCGGUUUCAAGGUCAUUCAGUCCGAUUUCCUCUUCCCAACUUUCUUUUGUAGGACCUCGAUGAGCUCACAAACACAAAUGUGCCUAACGUCAUCAAAGUUGAGCAGGAGCUCGGUUAGCUUCCCGUCAGUAAAAAUUAAAAUGAAAUUUAAAGAUGUUCCGCAGCCGUUGGAUGAGUUCAAGAUGCUCAAGGAGCUCAAAAAAAUAGCCAAUGAUAAUAAAGUGAAUUUGAAGUUUUUUUUGAGUGUUCUCUCUUUUUUCCUUUAGGUUUUCCGUUCAUACAUCGGCAUGGGCUACUACGAUACGAUAGUGCCCUCGGUGAUUCUUCGCAAUAUCACGCAGAACAUUGGAUGGUAGGCCUAGUUGAUCCUGCAUCUCAUUGGCUCUUUGAAGGAUCUCGCAGUACACUCCUUAUCAAGCCGAAAUCUCUCAGGGUCGGCUCGAGUCUCUACUCAACUUUCAGACAUUGGUGAGUGUCCGAGCCUUUUCAUAGAGGAACGACAACGACGUUUUGAGAACCAUCCAAAAAAAAGAAGAUGUAAGCUCAUAUCAAAAAUGUGUUCCUCUGAGGUUUUUUUCGGCUCACUUCAAUACAAUCUCGAACUUGCGAAAAGUAUUAGAAUCGAUUUUACACUUGCGUUAAAAAAAAAAACUUUAAAAAAGAACCCCGUUUGAAGAUUGAGGCCAUAGUUUUUUUGCAGUAUCUUGCAAAAAGUGUCUUUUCUAAGUCCGGAAUGUAGCGUUUUUUUGUUGCCCCAAAAAUCAAUGCCUUUCUUGAAACUUCUAAUUUCUAAAAAAAUAAUUUAUCCUUCUAAAUUUUUUUUACUUUGGCGAAAAAUUCAAAAAGAAAGAAAGCUAUUCUGGGAAGAUUCUGAACUCUCAGCGCGACUUCUGAAGGAGUCUUAGUUCAUAAGAGAUAGUUUCAUGAGUUGAUUUCGGACCUGUACUCGAAAAAAAAAGCCUAAAAAAGGCAAUUUGCUAUAAAAAAGGAUCAGCUUAAUCGGAAAGUUUGACUUAAGCGGAAUUCUCUUCACAGAUGCUCUCUGUGGUUCUUCAGCACCUAUUUGAAAAAAGUUCAAGAAGUAUAUUCGGUAAUCCUUGUCUCAUUCAGAAGCUCUCGUGUGAGCUUAAGCCGUUACCUUGUUAACGAAGGGAAGCGUAGGUGCCAAUAGGAAAGCGCAUAUAGAUUAUAAAGUUUGGUGUUCUUUAUGUACCUCCGAAGUGGAAAUGAGACGGAUAAAAGGUGAGUUCAGAUAGCGGACAUGACAGGGCUUCCAAACACAAACGCUUCGCUUCUUGACGAAGGAACCGCCGCCGCCGAAGCCGUAGCCCUGGCGUCGCGAGCCACAAAAAGAAACAAGGUUUGAUCGAAUCCUUAUUUUUUUCCUCGAUGAUUUUUUUUGGGUUCUACUCGAUCCUUUCCUUCACCCACAAAACCUCGACGUCAUCAAGACUCGCAGCGGGUUGUAUUUUCUUUUUUAAUGAAUGUUAUUCAUAAUUGUUUCAGACCUCUUGGAAUCUCACUCGGAUCGAUUUCACUAGACAACAUUCAACUAGACAAAGUGAUUGUCGCAAUGAAGUUUUCGAACUGUUUCCAUAAUUUGAGGACGUGGCGGCGGUCGUUGUUCAGUAUCCGAACACGGAAGGACUCGUGCAGAACUUGGAGGAAAUCAUAGCCAAGGCUCACGAGAACAAAGUUUUUCCAUGGUCAGACUAUCUCAGGACAAAGUCUUUCAGUCCCUCGUGAUCAUGGUCUGCGACCUGCUGGCCUUGACAAUUCUCCGUUCUCCAGGAGACCUCGGUGCGGACAUCGCCGUCGGCUCCGCUCAAAGGCAAGUCCACUUCGGAUGAAGAAACUGGAUUUCUUGAAGGUUUGGCGUUCCAUUGGGUUACGGUGGUCCGCACGCCGGGUUCAUGGCCGUCGCGAAAGUCGACAGCAAGAACUCGCUGAGUCGCAUCAUGCCUGGUCGCAUCAUCGGCGUCACCAAGUAAGAGCUUCUGAAAACUUUCAUAUAACUUUUAAGCCAAGUGAGGGCGCUUAGUUAUCCGUUUUGAGUUACAAAAGAAAAAAAAUAUGAUAUAUGAAAUUAAAGUUAGAAGGCUUGAAAAAGAUUUCAGUGAAGAAAGAAAGAGGAAACUUCUACUUGGAAGUACUAAUAAUGCAUAGAAGUUUUUUUCAAACGCUUUUUACCUUUAUGAAGCUAUCACGACUCCCCAUCACGACCUAUUUUCCGAUUUAGUAUGUCGUUAUAACAUUAGCUGAAACCCACAGGACCUUGCCUUCUAGUCAUACCGAAAUUUUCACGAAUGCGGUCAGGUGUUCUGUACGUAUCUUUUGGAGUUCAGAUGGUUAUGCUCAUUAUGCUAUCAAUUUUUUCCUUGUUAUUCGAGACAUGAUCAAAAGCUACCAACAGGGACGCCGACGGCAACCGAGCGCUGCGGUUGGCUCUUCAGACCCGCGAACAGCACAUCCGUCGCGACAAGGCCACCAGCAACAUCUGCACUGCACAGGUCUCUUUUUCGAACUGAAUUUCUGUGGAAACUCCAUUGAAACGUUCAAUUCUACCCAUGUCUUCAGUUUUGCUAUCCCGGAAGGAACAAUAUUGAAAAGCAAUCUCUAAGUUUUUUUUAAAGAUUCCGGUAAGUCGUUCAAUUUUUUCCCGUUUCCAUAAAAAAAUCUUCUAGACUAUUUCACAAGAAAUGAUUACCAAAAAAAUCGAACCUUGAGGGUGGGAAACGAGAAAGCCAAAUUUCAAGUAUUUUGCUAAAUAAAAGUAUUCAAGGCCCUGCUUGCCAAUAUGUCGGCGAUGUACGCCGUCUACCACGGUCCCAAACGACUGACCGAAAUCGCGCGAGGCGUUCACAAGUCGGCGGCUUACCUUGCCGCACGUGAGCUGCCAUUUUAAGACGUUUGUAUCGAAUAGGUUUGGCCUCUUCAGAACUGAAAUUGGGCGGCCACGACAUCGCACAUCGCGAAUUCUUCGACACACUCAAAGUUCGUGUCAAAGGCGACGUCGACGCCAUCAAGCAGCGUGCCCAGGAGAAAAAAAUCAACUUCAGGUUUACGCUUUUCAGUUUGAGCGUCCUCUUAAUUCGGUUGUUUAGGUACUUUACCGAUGGCGAUAUUGGUGUUUCUUUGGACGAAACAACCAAAUCGGAAGAUCUCAUGGAUAUCAUUUAUGUUUUCAACGGGACAACUGACAUUGAAGUGGUACGGUUCUUGAGAUCAGAGACUUUGAAAAAAAAAUCGUGCAGUUUUUUUUUGCAAAGCGAAUUCGUUAUAAAUACUGAGUAGCUUUUUCUCAGUUGCUUUAUCUACAAAAGAAAUGAAUGAUCAUUCAAUUCAAUUUUGAACAUUGAGAAAAACAUCAAGCCAAAUUAAAAAUUAUGAAAGGAGAGUAUCUCUUCAAAGUUCGACAUGGAGUGUCGAAAAGGUAAUUUGGCCUCACAAGGGAGGUCAAUUCAAUUUUCGGUUGGGCCUUUCUUGAAAAUUGGCCAUAACGCUCUUUGAUAUACCAGAAAAGGAUUCUCGAAGUUUCAACCUGUACGACUUUCUAGUUUUUGAGAAAUGACACCUCAGAGAAUUUCAGGGUGUUUAUGGCACUUAACAAAAAAACAUUUUGUCCAGUUUUCGAGAAAUAGGUUUCAUGAAGAGCAAACUAAUAUAGUUUUAGCCCGUUUUUUGAUUUAAAAAUUAAAUUAUAACGAAUAUGAUGUUGUUUCGAUUCAGACUAACCUGCGGAAAGAGAGGUGGGAGAUCGCGAGUCCGUUGAUCGGCAAUUCGAUCCACGCUCGGUCUUCUCUCUUCCUGCGCCACCCCGUCUUCAACACUUACCACAGUGAGCAGCAACUCGUCCGGUCAGAAUUUCAUUCGGAAGUCCAAUCAAAACACCAUCAUGUUCAGCUACAUAAAACGCCUGGAAAACAAAGACACCUCCUUGGUCCACUCGAUGAUUCCCCUCGGCUCCUGUACCAUGAAGCUUAACGCAAGCGCGGAGCUUAUUGUAUCUGUGAAUCUAGAAUCAAAGAGAAAUCGAGUUUUUAAGCCUAUAACGUGGCCCGAGUUUGCUGGAAUUCAUCCGUUUGCGCCUAUCGAGCAGGCUAAAGGCUAUCAGAAGAUCUUCAAGGAUCUUGAGCGAUGGUUGUGCGAAAUCACUGGUUACGACAACUUCAGGUGUUCUUUGUGGUAGAACGAGUGAUAAAAAGUUUUUUCAGCCUGCAGCCCAACUCUGGGGCUAAUGGUGAAUACGCUGGGCUUCUCGCUAUAAGAAAUUACCUGCUUCACAAAGGCGAAGAGCAGCGAAAUGUGAGUGGCUCUGUUCGACAGCUUCUGAUUACUUUCUAGAUUUGUUUGAUCCCGACCUCGGCCCACGGCACGAAUCCGGCCUCCGCCCAGAUGGCCAACAUGAAAGUCGUCGUCGUCGAUUCGGACCAACACGGCAACAUAAACUACAGAGACUUGGCGGCCAAGGCAACUCUCUCAGGAUCAAAAUUUUAUCUCUUGUAAAUUCAGGCCGAGAAAUACUCGAACGAACUUGCUGCCAUAAUGGUGACCUACCCGUCCACUCACGGCGUUUUCGAAUCGUCCAUCAAAGACGUAUGCAGCAAGGUGAGUUUCGAACUUCUCCAAGACGUCGACGUCAUCUGACUCAGGUGCACGAACACGGCGGCCAGGUGUAUCUCGAUGGAGCGAAUAUGAACGCCCAGGUCGGCCUGUGUCGUCCUGGAGACUACGGUAGCGACGUUUCACAUCUCAACCUUCACAAAACAUUCUGCAUUCCGCAUGGCGGUGGAGGACCUGGAGUUGGACCCAUUGGAGUGUAAGUCAAAAAAAUUCUGUCGCGGAAGUCCGAACCGGGAAAUAAAUAUUAAUGAGAAAGUCUAAAUUGAAUAUUUUGUUUUUGUCGAAAAAAAUAUUUUUUUGAAAAAAAUCCAACUAAAUUUUUGGGCUUACUUUCAUCAUUUCUUCGCCUCGUUCGUUUCACAAUUUUUUUCAGGCGAAAGCACUGCUUUCUACCUCUUAACCGCUUUUCCGUAAAAAUAAUUUUUUUCUUUAAUUCAAAGUUUAUUCAGAAAGAAACACUUGGCGCCUUUCCUGCCUGGCCAUCCAGUCAUUCCUGUCGAUGGUCGUACUAGCGGCUCUGUCGCUGCUGCUCCUUGGGGUUCUUCCAGGUCCAAGUCUAUUCUAUUUUGAAAAAAAACCGUUAUUGUACGGAGCAUCACUAUUAUUCCCAACGUCCGUUAGAGUUUUUUAGAGAAGAAACUAUUUUUUUCAGCAUUCUUCCCAUCACUUGGGCUUACAUACGGAUGAUGGGCGGCAAAGGCCUGAAAGAAGCUUCUCAAAUGGCUAUCCUCAACGCCAACUACAUGGCCAAGCGACUCGAGGGCGAGUACCGCAUCGUUUACAAAGGUUUCUUUCGAAACCUAAUUCACCAAAGAAAAAUAUUCUUCCUCAGACGAACAAGGUCUGGUCGCACACGAAUUCAUCGUAGACUGCAAGCCGUUCAAGCAGUUCGGAGUGGAAGUCGUCGACAUCGCCAAGCGCCUCAUGGACUAUGGGUAGGACAGAAAAGAUUUUUCGGAGUUAUAUUUCUUUAUUCUUUUUUUUCCAGUUUCCACUCCCCAACGAUGUCUUGGCCUGUGCACGACUGUUUGAUGAUUGAGCCAACGGAGUCAGGUGAUUGAAUCUGUGAGAAUGUGGAAGAUUCUACUAGAAAAAAGCCAGGAAGAGCCUUUUGAGGCCAAAAAUAAAACUUACUCUAUUUCUUAUUCGAAAGGUUAUUUCCUUUUUAAAAAAAAGUACGUUUUUAAAAGAAAAUGCGUUUUGAACUGAUUGAAUUCUGAAAUGAUUUACCUCUGUAUGAAGCUACGUAAACACCAUUUUGAAUCAAAACCUUCAGAAGACAAAGGGGAAAUGGACCGUUUGGUGGACUCUCUGCUGGCAAUUCGAGAAGAAAUCCGGUUAAUCGAGACCGGCGUGCUGGAUAAAAAACUCAACCCCCUGAAGGUUGGUAUUUGAAGUUCUGGGAAGCACCGAACUCCUUAAUCAUUUCAAAACUGAGGUCAUUUCCGCAGAUGGCUCCACACACUUUGGAGAAGGUCGUAUCGGACAAGUGGAACCUACCGUAUCCACGCGAGUUGGCCGCUUUCCCGAAGCCGUGGUGUAUACACAAGUCUUGGCCUACCGUAGGUCGUGUCGAUGACCAAUACGGCGACCGUAACCUUGUCUGCACCUGCCCGCCCAUUGAGAGCUACCAAUAAUUGCUUGCUGGAGUCCGCAAACCAUCUAUCUAUUGUGCCUUACAGUUAUUAUCAAUCGAAAUAUCUUCCAAAUGGUUUCCCUCUUCGGCUUGGAAUUCGGGUUGAGCCCACUCGAGACAACGGUUUUCUUGUCCAGAGGAGCUCUAGUGAUUGUGAUAAAAACGUUCUUCGCUUGUCUGUUUUGGGACACGAGUGCUCGAGAAGCAGCGAGUGAUACAAAAAAGCCCACGAAACAAGAGGCUCGUUUGCGCAGUUUUUCGCCCUGCGGAAGCUUCUUCGCUCUUUUCCAGAUAUGAUUUGACCGUUUCUAUUCGAUAUUUCUUUGAAAGCUUUUGUUUUUAAAAUAGGCGACUUAUAAGCUCGAUGUUCUGAGUAUUACAAUUUUCUUUGAGAGUGGUUCCGUUCUCAAAAAGAUGCAGGUUCGAGCCUUUUUAAACAAUAAUAAUUUUUGACAGAUCAGUGAACCCCAACGACUUCGCAAAACCUUUGACUCUUUGUUUAACAUGUAAAAGAUUUUCCGUGUCGAUCCCCAAAAAUUCAUCAUUAAAAAAUAGAAGCCUAUUCUGAAAGUAGAUUGCUAACCACAUUCUUUUGGUUCUUGGUAACUUCUACUUCAAGUGAUUCAAAUCAGAAAAAGUUAACUUAUUGUGCUGAAUUCCUGCUUGUUGGAGAAAAUAUCUUUGCGGCUUCGAUAGAUUCGGACAUAUCGCCGCCAAUCGCACCAGCGGAUCCAUAGCGGGGCGUGGAUAAGCUCUUGAACUGGCGCUCGGUAGAAAUUCCAAGGGGAAAGAGAUUUAAGAAACAGCUGGUGGCCUCGGAGGGCUUUGUGAGUGUUCCUGUCGGCUCAUAACCGACGCUCACAGUCGCUCUCCAAGGUGUAACAAUCCCACACACACAUACACACACACAUUGACCACCGGCAGCUCACCGAUCCCUCUUUUCCGGAUCCACUCACCAUUAUUUUCCUUGCCCUCCUGUGGAUCAACUUCUUGACGCCAGUUUUGUCUUGACAAAAGCGUUAUCAUCUUAAAAUUUCUAGUCUUUCAUGAAAUCUCCGUCCUACAGUACCCUUCGGGAAGACUACUACUCCUACAACGCUCAUCCGAAACUUUUUUUUCCAACGGACUCCGAAAUCACCCACUCGAUGAACUUUUUUUUUCAAUUUUGAACUAAAGCAAUUUUAUAUGAAUUCUUGGAAAAAAGCUGAAAGCUCUCUCUUUUUCUUUUUCUCUCAAUGUAUCAAUUUUUUAUCUAAUUUCGUAUUUUUUUCUUAAAAGUAAAAAAAUGCGAACAUCCGUAUUGAAAUCUUCAAUUGCGAAACAUUGAACGGCUUUAAACUUAACGAACGCCAUAUUUUUUAAAAUUUUACAAAAAGAAUUUGAUGAGUAAAAAGAACUUCAAAUUUAUCUUUGUUUGCUCUCAAAGUUCAAGUUAUGAAUCUCGGAGCUGGUAGCGACUAUUCGAAAAAAAAAUCCCGUGACCGAAGGGCAAAAACCUACUCAAUUAAUCACAAUUGCGGCCAAAGGAGCUCCGAACUGCGACAAAAAGCCCACAGCUGUUGGUGAGUCAGUUUCGCUGCAACAACUCGAGAGAUCUUGUGAGUAAACAUGCCGAUCUCCAGGCUUGCGAAACGAAAGUAAAGGGACAAACUUUUUUUCAUUAUCUUCCGGCGUUUCUUCGAGGUACGUGGCCUAGAAACCGCCUGAUCUACUCCUAUAAUUUCCUUCACACGGUUUAUCCUUCUUCAUUUCUUCUUUUAUUUAUUUUCUUUGAGCUUCUGAUGGCUUCGGAUGCGUUACGGAAAUUUUCCAACUCAAUUUUCAAUAGAAAGUCAUGAAAUAGGCUUCAGAAUGGCGACGCCAGAACUGGCAGCCAAACUAGCGCGUCGUCUGGAAGCGACAAACGAGCCAGAAGAACCUAAACCGGCAACAGCUCCACCUCCUCCAGCUCCUCAAAUCCCGAAAAAGGUAGAAGCUGAAUCUUUCAUCUGUUCUUCCUCAUGUCGGAGAGCUUUUAGGUGAUUGAAAAUCCGUACGUGGCUUCCUCGGACGUCAGCAUCGACGAGUUGAUUCUGAACGCCUUGAACGAGAAAGAGCGAAAAAUUGAAGAAAAUAACAACAAUGUGCGUGGAAAUUUAUUGAUAUUCAUUUUAAUCAAAAAUUUUUCGGAGGAUUUUGAAGAAUCGUCUUCCCUAAUUCAAGUAUGAAAGUUCUAUCCUGAAGAUUAUUAUUGAAAAGUUAGAGCUCUGUUUUUUUUUUUCUAUAUUCAUCUGUUUUUUUCCAUCUAUUAUUUAUUUAAGAGCAGUAAUAGUUACACUAUUUGAAUGGUCUCGUGUGUUGAUCAUCACACUAUGAUUAAAUUUCGACAAAAUCACAAUUUUUUUCGCUUUUUGCAAUUUGUUUCCAAGAUUUACAAAGACUCUGUGUUAAACCAUAUAUACUUUUUUGUUCAUUAGGCCAUGUUCAAAUUGGUUUCGGGAAAUUCACGAUAGCGGUCAGAGAAAAAAAAAGAUAAUUGAACUCGAUAGAGUCAGAGAAAAAUUUGCAUUUCGCGGAAAUUCCUUUGAACACGGCAUCAUCUUUAACUUUUGGGUGAGUGUACAUAAGUAUAUUAUUGUGAUCAUGCCUUAACUAGUUUUCUUGAAAAAUGAUACUACAUUAAAAAUAUAAUGGAAAAGGGUAAAACAUUUUUUUAAUUUCAUUUGAGUUAUUUUUUUAUAAGGUGUACAGUAAUAUCGACUCCUGUCUUAAUAAUGAUUUAGAUUUUUAGCUUCACGCAUUGUCCGUCAACACUCAGCCUGGUACAUCCUCCAGUACUUGCACGAGUCCUGACCCACGCAGUCCGCCACCGAAAACCACCAUCCGAGAGCUUCUCGAGAAGGAAUACGCCAACAGUCCGGUGAUUGCGACCAACAACGUCGUGAGCAAAACGCCGGUAGUAGUAGUUGGCCAGAAAACGACGCCUACCGUCCGGAAACAGCCGAGUCCCGAGUUCGGCUCAAGCGAGCUCGAGAGGAAACUUGCGGCCCAACGACAGAGAAAAACCUAUAACCAGAACUCGUCUAAUCUGGUCUACUCGAGUGAUGAUCUGGCUAAAGAAAAAAGUUGCGAAGGAAAGGAAGCGCCUUCUCAAUUUCUUCCAGAGCCCAUAUCUGUCAAUGAGAAAGUUGCUUCUCCCGUGGAAAGAAAAGCGCUGACGCCACCGCCAAAGCCACAUCGAGAUGUGACGGCAAUUCAAGCAGCACCAAUAGCGACGCGGUCGCAGGACUCGAUAGACGCCGAGGAAAGAGCAGCGGCCGAAAUCGAAGAGCAAAAAGAUUUUGAGAACUUGGAACACGAGGUCGAAGCCGAACCCAGCGAGGUGAACUAUUCGGCUUGAAUAUUUUCAUCUUUUUCCUUGCAGGUAACAAACGAAGAGCCAUCACCCAAUGAUAAAUCUUCGUCGCCUCAAGCCAUUGACUCGAUUUUGCCACCACCGAGCGCUUUGAUCCAAGAUGCUCCUCCCACACUUCCAAACCCGCCUCCACCGGAAGAACUUCCAUGUCCUCCUCCAGCUCCACCCAAACCGACUUCAGCGCCUGGAACGCCACUUUCAAAAAGAAGGAUUCCAUGUUUGGCGACACCAACUCCCUUUGUUCCUACACCGGAGCUGGUGGAGAUGAUCCGUCGCGAAGAAAGGUUAGACCUUGUAAAUCUGACCUCUUUAGUAGUUUGCCUGACUACAACAGAGUUCAGCUGAACAUUUAAAGUCAUAUUUUCUAACUUUCUAGCCGGAAAGCUUAAAUUUGAAGAAAUCUCUAAAUUAUACUUCAAAUCACAGUAGUUAUUUCAGCUUCGACUUUAUUAAACGUAUUCAAGUGUAAAUAAAUAACUUUCAAAAAGCUAGAAGGUACUGAUCGUUUUUAGAAUCUUAUUCAAAAGCUCUUCUCUCUGAAAAAAUCCAUCGACUUUUUUUUCCUCCAGCCGUUUCCACAGAUCAGCUGUUAGAAUUAUUUGAUUGUUUUGAUGUUUAAUAAUUUGUGUUUUUCGGGCAGGAAUGGCGAAUGAACAUUUGAAAUGAAACUGAAUAAAUUAACUUAAUUUUGAAGAACAUAACAUUUUUUUUCAGAACGCUACUUUGAUAGUUUUCAAGUCUAACUUAUUAUUCUGCAGGAUCUGUAGUCCUCCGCCACCUCCUAAACCGAAGUCGACAAGCCGACCUCAAUCUCCAAUCACUCCGAAGGUUUUUUCCCAAAAAAUUCUUAUUUAGUGCAUCGAUCAUUCUUGAAUCAUCGAAACAUCAAAGAAUAUAAACAAUCGAAUUUCAUCAAUAGAAUCCAUUAAAACUGUGGGAAGGCGUUUCGAAAUUUGUUCGUUUAUAAGACCUUGUUUUCAGAAAGUGGUGAGCCCUCUCGGACUGAUGUGCGACCCAAAUCUUUCCCUUGAAAAGCCUUUGCCUCCAGUUUCUUCUCCAUCUCUUUCUAAAGUAAGUCUUCAAUCCACUUUUUUUUCAGAAAACUCCAAUUAAUUAACUUGAUAAUGAAAAAAGUAUUCAACUUGAAUUUUCAGAAAGUAAACGAAGAAGAAGAACUGGCAGCGCUGUUGGAACGACGUGCCAAAAUUUUGGAUGGUGCGUUUUUGAAAUUUCCUUUUUUUGAUUAAAAGAUCCCAGAUAAUUGUAAAUUGAUGAUUUUCCUAUUGGCGAUCAGAUGACCGGUCUAACAGGGCCGGAAUUGUUUAUCUAACGCCUUGCUUUUUCCAGCUGUCACCCCAUUUCUUUUCUCUCCAAUCUCAGAUCACUGGAUAUCCCAUUCUCUGUAGUUCGCUUUCUUGUUGCACAUUUUUGAAAACUCUAAAUGCGUAUCAAAGGUUAGUUUUAUCAAAACUUCUUCCCUUCGAAAAAUUCGCAAACCACGAUUUUUAUCUGUAGUACAAAGAGAUCUGUGGAAAUUUUAUUUUUUUAAAUAAAAAAAGAGAAAAAAAGAAAUCGAAAUCGAUUAUUUUGCUGUCAACUUCAUGUUGAUUUUUUCGAAAGUCACACUUUCUGAAAAACGGAUGCCUGAUCACUCCGAAAACCUCCAUAAACGUGACUAACGUGUCUGCGAUGAGUCAUCCGUCGGUGCCCUCUCAACAUUGCACCUCCUCUAGCGUCAUUUAUAUUGUGGGCCAUUUUGACCGCUGUCUUUUCCCGCCAAAAAACCAAAAACACAUCUCGCGUCAAUAGUUUCUUUUUCUCCCACCUUGCCACGCGAAAUGGCUGACGAGAACGGUGCCAGCUUCCCGUUUACAGACGGUAAUUUUCCAAGCUUCUCACAUUCAUCAGAUCUGUCAGAAACAGAGAUAUCAGAAAAUUUACUUUAUAUUUAUCCAAAAAAUCCUUCCUAUAAAAAUGAACUGAAAUCAUUAGGUCUUUUCUAAAAAUGUUGUUUUCAGGAGAAUGUGUGCCACAAAAAAUGAACCCGAAACUGUCGUUUUACGCACAGUUUCCGGAAUUCUCGCGCAAGCAGAUCAAGUUCUUCACAGAAACCUUCAAAAAGUCGUUAUUUUAUUAAUUAUCCUCUCCAUUUUUCAACUUCAGAUUCGAUGAGGACAAUGACGAUUUUAUUGAUUUCAUGGAGCUGAAGCGUAUGAUGGAGAAGCUGGGAGAAGCCCAAACACACAUCGCACUCAAAGAACUGAUCAAAAAGGUGAAUGUGGUGCACCAUACAGUGAAAGAACGUCCGCAUUUUACAGGUAGACGAGGACCAAGACGGCAAAGUUUCGCAGCGAGAGUUUCUUCUCAUCUUCCGCCUGGCCGCCAGAGGCGAGCUCUCAUGUUCCGAGGUUCAUUUUUUUUGAUUGAAUAUAGUCUGUUCAGAUUUCAAAUGUCAAGUCCUCGUUCAAGCUCCGCCCCUAAUGGUGCGAUAAACCAAUAAGAGAGCGAGCCAUCCAUAGAUUGUUUUUGAAUGACGUCAUUGCACUUGACAUUCAAAAUCUGAACAAACUAUAUCUAAAAAAAAGCUUUGCGACCUGUGAUAAGAAGCAAAACUGCAACUUUUGAGGUGUUCCAAACGCUGGCCGAAAGUGUCGACGUAACGAAGGAAGGAGUCCUGGGUGCCGCCAACUUCUUCCAAGCCAAGGUUUGAAUGAAGUUUUCACCAGUUCAGUUCUUAUCAUUUCAACGAUAUCAGAUAGAGGAACAAACGAAGAAGUCGCGAUUCGAAGAAGAGAUGCUCGAGGAGCAGGAGGAGCGGAAGCGGAUUGAGGCCGAGAAGAAGGAACGAAGGGAGAAAUUCCUAGCCAACAAGUCCAUUUUUCACUGA